GUGAUCGUAAAGAAUAAAUUUUCAUACUCAGGAUAUAUAUAUAAUUAUUCAAAUUUUUCGCGUAUUUAAAUUUCCCGAUGUACGUUUCAUUGACGUAUAUCGAAUAAACCAAUCGCAUUACUCAUUACACCUGCCUCUUAAGUUUCCGGAAGUCGGCGUGAAGGUUCGUACGAUUGAAAACAGAUGAUCUUUACACGUAUUUUAAUAAAAAUACAAAGCAGAAGAAAUAGAAAUAACUUAAUAAAUGAAAAAUACUAAUAACAGUUGUAGGGAUAGGGGUGUCGAGUGCAUCUUGAGACGCAUAAUAAAGUCACUGCUAAAUGGAUUUAUCUCGUAGUGAAUCCAAUUGAAAUCACUCAAUUAAUCGCAUCUCGAGAAGAGAUAGUCACCGUGGUAAUUUAAUACAAUUUGCUGACACGUACAUAGUGUUCAUAUGUCGUCCUAUAUUUACAAAAUUCUUACAGUCCACUAGGCUCUCGCGUCUGAUAAAUUCUGUAAAGGUAAAGAACUCUUAAGAAAGGUCGUACUAAAAGUCGUAUUAUAAUAUAUCACAAUGCCAGCCCAAUUUGAAAGUGCAAAUAGCCCCAUAACAAGAGAACCUACCAUGAUGAACGGCGACAGUCCAUACAGCACUGGCGAAGAUGUAGUCAUUACCGGUUUUUCGGGUCGUUUCCCAGAGUCAGUAGACGUAGAUGAAUUUAGGAAAAAUUUAUUCGAAGGCAUCGACAUGGUCACAGAUGACGAACGACGAUGGCCUUCUGGCAUGUACGGCCUUCCCACGAGGACUGGGAAACUUAAAGAUCUGAAAUCGUUCGACGCAACCUUUUUCGGUGUACACGCGAAACAGGCUAACGUAAUGGACCCACAGCUACGUAUGCUUUUGGAAGCAACGUACGAAGCGAUAGUCGAUGCUGGUAUCAAUCCAAACGACAUUAGAGGAUCUAAAACUGGCGUGUUCAUCGGUGUUUCCUCCUCGGAAUCAGACGAAUAUUGGACCGGCGAUCCGGAACUAGUUAACGGAUACGGAUUAACCGGUUGCUGCAGAGCUAUGUUUUCAAACAGAAUAUCUUACACGUUUGAUUUCACCGGUCCAAGUUACGCGUUAGACACAGCUUGCUCUUCGUCUUUGUACGCGAUGCAUCAAGCAAUUGCUGCGAUACGUGCCGGAGAAUGUGAUUCAGCUAUCGUCGGUGGUUGCAAUCUUCUUCUGAAGCCUACUGCUUCCCUUCAGUUCCAUAGGUUAAGCAUGCUGUCCCCCGAUGGUACUUGCAGAGCCUUCGACGCCGAUGGCAAAGGAUACGUUAGAUCCGAAGCUGUCUCGGUUGUUUUCUUGCAAAAGUCAAAGAACGCCCGAAGAGUUUACGCUACCGUGGUACAUUCGAAAACGAACACCGAUGGCAACAAAGUUCAGGGUAUCACAUUCCCCAGCGGUGAUAUGCAAAACAAAUUAAUGCGCGAGGUUUACGCAGAGGCUGGCGUUAACCCUGCCGACGUCGUGUAUGUCGAGGCACACGGAACAGGCACGAAAGUUGGAGACCCUCAGGAAAUUAAUUCGAUCGCGAAAUUAUUCUGCAAAGGUCGAAAAACUCCGUUGUUGCUCGGUUCGAUAAAGUCGAACAUGGGCCACGCAGAACCGGCCAGUGGAGUCAGUUCUAUGGCGAAAUUGUUUAUCGCCAUGGAGACCGGUGUGAUUCCGGGGAAUUUGCACUUUAAAACUCCAAACCAAGAUAUACCCUCGUUGAGCGAUGGUAGUAUACAGGUUAUAGAUAAGAAUACACCAUGGAAAGGUGGACUCGUAGCAAUUAAUUCGUUCGGUUUCGGUGGAGCAAACGCUCACAUUCUUCUUCGUAGCAAUCCUAAACCAAAGUUAUCACCAGUUUUAGAUAGUAAAUUACCGAAGCUCGUCACUGUGUCGGGACGCACUGAAGAAGCUGUAGAAGUACUUCUAGAGAAAGCCAAAGAAUACGAAUAUGAUGAUGAAUUCGUUGCUCUCCUUCAUGAUAUUUACGCGAAUUCUGUAACUGGUCACCUUUACAGAGGAUACUCCGUUAUGGGAAAUGUUAACACCCAGGAAGUUAACUCGUGCGUUGGUGAAAAACGUCCUAUUUGGUUCGCAUUCUCUGGUAUGGGAUCCCAGUGGCCGGGUAUGGGCAGAGAGUUGCUUUCUAUUGAAACAUUCCAGCGAAGCUUACACAGGUGUGCCGAUGCAUUGAGACCGGAAGGAAUCGAUUUGAUGCAUCUGAUUCAACACGGAACAACCGAAACCUUUGCGAACGUUGUACAUUCUUUCGUGUCAAUAGCAGCUAUCCAAGUUGCGCUCGUUGAUCUAUUAGCGCAUUUGGGUAUCCAACCUGACGGUAUCAUUGGACACUCCGUAGGAGAAUUGGGAUGCGCCUAUGCCGAUGGCACCUUUACACCGGAGCAAACUGUUCUGGCCGCUUAUUGGAGAGGAAGAAUGAUCUUGGAUUCAAAACUCGAACCUGGAGGUAUGGCUGCUGUGGGAUUAAGCUGGGAGGAAACCAAAGCACGAUGCCCACCCAACAUAAUGGCAGCUUGUAACAAUUCCGCCGACUCUGUAUCUAUUUCUGGACCAGUCGAGGACGUCCUCAAAUUCGCGGCUGAAUUGAAACAACAGAACAUCUUUGCGAAAGUUGUAGACAGUUCUGGAGUUGCCUUCCAUAGCAAAUACGUGGCACCAGCUGGUCCAAAACUACGCACCGUUCUGGAGAAGGUUAUUCCAAACCCGAAACAAAGAACUGCAAGAUGGAUCUCCACCUCUAUACCCGAAGAAGCUUGGGGUACCCCGUUGGCGCAACUCAGCUCUCCAGCUUACCACGUGAACAACUUACUGUCGCCGGUUCUCUUCCACCAAGGGCUCGCUCAUGUUCCAGAAAAUGCGAUAGUAAUUGAAAUUGCUCCGCAUUGCCUGUUGCAAGCAGUUCUACGUAGAUCUCUGCCCCCAACUGUGACCAACAUUGGUUUGCACAAACGGGAUCAUGCAAAUAACAUAGGAUUCUUCCUGGAAAAUAUUGGAAAAUUGUACAUGGCCGGAGCGCAACCUAAAGUGUCCAAGUUGUAUCCACCUGUUAGUUACCCAGUUGGACGUGGUACACCCAUGAUCAACUCCCUCGUUAAAUGGGAUCAUUCCACUGAAUGGAGUAUUGCUGAUUUCACUACAAAAGGUGAAUCCGCCGGAGAAAUGGUUAUAAAGAUCGAUUUGUCCAAGGAAUCAGACGCGUAUUUAGCCGGUCAUGUCAUCGAUGGAAGAACUCUUUUCCCAGCUACCGGUUAUAUGGUACUGGUAUGGAAGACUUUUGCUAAGUUACAGAAGGUCGACUACGAAAAGUUGCCAGUAGUAUUUGAAAACGUGCAAUUCCAACGAGCCACCAUUAUGCCAAAGGAGGGAGAGGUGAAGUUUUUGAUCAAUAUAUUCAUGGGAACAGGUGAAUUUGAGAUCUGUGAAAACGGAUCUGUGGUAGUAAAAGGAAAGAUAUCCGUCCCAGAAAACGACGAGAAAAUGUUGCUAAACAUUCCUGCGCCUGUUGUUCAAAAUCAACCCGACUUGCUGGAAUUGACUCCGAAUGACAUUUACAAAGAACUUAGAUUAAGAGGAUACGAUUACACCGGAGUUUUCCAGGGGAUUAAGUCUGCCCAAAAUCGUGGCGUUAUUGGUAAACUCCAGUGGGACAACUGGAUUGCAUACAUGGACACCAUGCUUCAGUUCUCCAUAUUAGAAAACGACUCGAGAGGACUGUACGUACCAGUACGUAUGCAGUACCUUGCUAUUAACCCAACGGUUCAUUUAGAAUAUGUUAAGAGCUUCAAAGAAGACGAAGGUGUUCCAGUUUAUUCUUAUUCAAACAUCGGUGUCGUUAAAUCAGGAGGCAUUGAAAUCAGGAAAAUGAAAGCAUCCUUGAUUUCAAAGAAACAACAAUCUCAAUCACCCAAAUACGACAGGAACACAUUUGUGCCUUAUGAAAAUCUUCAACCAUUCGCGCAGGAUCCCGAAAGAGCUAAGCUCCAUGCUCUUACCAUUUUACUCCAACUUGUUCAAGAAAAUAUACCUGGGCUAAGAAUUAAAGCUGUUGAAGUAGCUGGAAAUCGUCCUGUAGACGUUCUUCUCGCGUCCACUGUAAUGGACAUAUUUUUUUAUGAACCACUGUGUGUUGUUGAUAUGCAAUUGAUCACAUCCUCGCGCGACCAAUAUGCCAGCUUAGAGUCGUUAGAUGUGAAGAUCGUAUCACGCGACGAGAAUAAUGGACCAGUUGGUCAAGAUCUGAAUCUCGUAGUAGCGGCUAACGUGUUAUCUAAUAAGGCACUGAAUGUGUUGAAAAAUUUGUCAAACAGUUUGAAGCCUGGUGGAUUUCUAUUACUUGAAGAAACGAAUCAAAAUGAUGCUAGUUUAGUAAAAGAUCCAAGUUUGAUUUAUGUCGCUAGCCAGUCUUUGCUUGGAAAGACGUACUUGUUACUUAAAAAGAAAGAAGAGAGAGAAGAAGUGAUUGUUAUACAAAUGACUGAGAAGAACUUUGCAUGGCUUGAUAAUGCUAAGGCAGCUCUGAAAAAAGCUGCAGUCAGUAAACAGGAUGUUAUCUUCGUUGGUCAGGGUGAAGAAUUACUUGGUAUGACUGGAUUCAUGAACUGCAUGCGUCGUGAGGAGGGUGGUUGGAAUACACGUUACGUGUUCAUUAUGGACAAAAAUGCACCUAAAUUUAGUCUAACUGACAAAUUUUAUGCUUCACAAUUGAACAAGCAAUUGGUAGCCAAUGUUUUGAAAGGAGGACAUUGGGGAAGCUAUCGUCAUCUGCGAUUGGAUCAACAAAGCGGAGUAUCGUCUCUUCAAGUUGAACAUGCAUACAUUAACGCAUUGUACAGAGGUGACUUAAGCAGCUUACGAUGGAUCGAAAGUCCACUGAGCUACUACCAACCAGAAAGUUUCCCGAACACAGAAUUUUGCCAUGUCUACUAUGCACCGUUAAACUUCAGAGAUGUUAUGCUGGCAACUGGAAAAUUACCACCCGAUGCUCUUCCUGGAAAUUUAGCUAAUCAAGAUUGUAUUUUGGGCCUUGAAUUUUCUGGUCGCAAUUCGAAAGGUAAAAGGAUCAUGGCUAUGGUACCGGCACGCGGUUUGGCAACUACUGUCGUAGCUGAUCCUGGAUUUAUGUGGGAGGUCCCUGACAAAUGGACCUUGGAACAAGCAGCUACAAUCCCAGUCGCUUACGCGACAAGUUAUUAUUCUCUUUGCGUCCGAGGUGGUCUAAAACCCGGCGACUCUGUUUUGAUUCACGCUGGUACCGGAGGUGUAGGGCAAGCAAGUAUCGCGAUAGCUUUGCACGCAGGUUGCAAGGUAUUUACAACUGUUGGAACGCAAGAGAAACGAGAUUUCUUGAAGAAAAUAUUCCCUCAAUUGACCGACCGAAACAUCGGCAAUUCUCGAGACACCAGCUUCGAACAAUUGGUACUUAACGAAACCAACGGCCGUGGUGUUGACAUAGUGCUUAACUCAUUGGCCGAAGAAAAGUUACAAGCUAGCGUAAGGUGUCUCGCUAUUGGCGGUCGUUUCCUUGAAAUUGGAAAAUUCGAUCUGUCCAAUGAUGCAUCUUUAGGAAUGUCGGUAUUCUUGAAGAACGUCUCUUUCCAUGGAAUACUUCUGGACGCUAUCUGUGAAACUGACGGUCCAGAAAGAAAAGAAGUAGCAAGACUGGUUUCAGAAGGUAUCAAGAACGGCGCUGUGCGUCCUCUUCCAUCGACCGUUUUCUCAGAACAACAGAUUGAACAGUCCUUCAGAUUCAUGGCUACCGGUAAACACAUUGGUAAAGUUCUGUUGAAACUUCGCGACGAAGAGAAACAGAAGGUCGUACAGCCGUCGCCAAAGGUGGUCGCAGCCAUUCCAAGAAUUUACAUGAACCCAGAUAAGUCCUACAUACUGGUAGGCGGUCUUGGUGGAUUUGGUUUAGAACUUGCAGACUGGAUGAUCAUUCGCGGCGCCAAGUACAUAGUUCUGACCUCAAGAUCCGGAAUACGCACAGGAUUCCAGUCGUUGUGCGUCCGUCGCUGGCGCGAAAUGGGUGUACACGUUACGAUUUCCACCGCAGACGUAACAACACUUGCCGGGGCAAAACAACUGAUCCUGGAAAGUAAUAAAAUUGCUCCGGUCGGUGGUAUAUUUAAUCUGGCGGCUGUUUUACGCGACGCGCUUUUUGAAAAUCUUGAAGAACGUGAUUUCGUUAUAUCGUCAUUACCAAAGAUAGUUGGAACUAAAAAUUUGGACGCAGUGUCCCGGGAAUAUUGCUCUGCAUUGGAUUACUUCGUUGUUUUCUCGUCCGUUUCAAGCGGAAGAGGUAAUUUAGGUCAAACGAACUACGGUCUUUCCAACUCUGCUAUGGAAAGAAUAAUGGAGCAAAGACAAGCAAACGGUUUACCUGGUCUGGCUAUUGAAUGGGGAGCUAUUGGAGACGUCGGUUUAAUUUUAGAAACAAUGGGUAAUAACGAUACUGAAGUAGGCGGUACUUUGCCACAACGUAUACAAAGCUGUCUCGAAACAAUGGAUGUGUUCCUUCAACAACCGCAUCCAAUUCUAAGUUCCUUUGUUUUAGCAGAUAAACGCAAGAACGCAAACAGCUCGAACAAAGUUAGCAUUGUUCAAGCGGUUGCUAAUAUUUUAGGCAUUAAGAAAGUAGAAUCCGUUAAUCCCGCUAUUAGUCUGGCUGAUCUUGGAAUGGAUUCUCUUAUGGGAACAGAAAUCAAGCAGACUCUUGAAAGGGGCUAUGAUGUAACAUUGUCGGCACAAGACAUUCGUGGUUUGACAUUCGAAAAAUUAAUGAAACUGAACACUGAUGUGGGUGAAGAAAUAACAAGUACUUCUAAUACAGUCUCGCAAGAGAUCGGUAUAGAUUUCUUAUUCCAAGCCGAUGGUGCAAGUAUUAUACCCAUGGAAUCUGUCGUGCAACUGACGUCGAAGAAUUCAAAGGGUAUACCUAUAUUCUUCAUUCACGCCAUUGAAGGAAUAGCAGCCCCCUUCAAAGAAUUGGCCGGUAAAUUGAAUCGACCUGUUUGGGCCUUGCAAUGUGUCGAAAAUACUCCAUUAAGUAGUAUAGAAGAUCUAGCUGCGUUCUAUAUUAAGAAAAUACAAACCAUUCAAAAGAAGGGACCAUAUCAUAUAGCUGGUUACUCGUUUGGAAGUUGCAUUGCGUUUGAAAUGAGUAUUCAACUACAGAAAGCUGGGCAGGAAGCAGUUGUGACAUUUAUCGACGGUUCUCCAGACUAUGUAAAGUUACAUUCUGUAGAAAUUGGAAAAAGAGCUGUCGAAAACGACGACGAGGAUGUGAUUAACGAUAGUUUCCGAAAGGCUUUAUCAUUCUUUAUCAUACAGUUCAAUAAUAAGAUUGGCAUGCGUGAGGCAUAUGGCAUAUUGAAAGCUGAACCCACUGAUGAAAAAGUUUUUAAUAAAAUGGUGCAAUUAAUAAAUAGUACGCAAAUAAAGGCUGAAGAACUAAAGAUUGCUAGUGUCUUAUUCCAUAAAAAAUUGUAUGCAGCUUAUAUGUACAAACCAAGCACUACGUACAAUGGAGACGUUUUACUAAUUAAAGCCGAAGACAACUUUUUCCCUUCGGAAAGCGACUACGGUAUAUCAGAGCUUUGUAAAAAGACUGUGACUGUGAAAACAUUGCCAGGAAAUCACAGAAGCAUUUUGGUAGGAGAUAGUGCAUCCAAAAUCGCAUCCCUGUUACAAACGUAAACUUAUUUUCAAUUAUAAAUAAUGUAAAGAAUAAGAAUAUAUUCUGUAACAUUUAUAUCAUUACUUAAAUGUAUAUAAGUGUUACACAGAAACGUUCCACAAAGUUUUAAUGUACAAUGAUAUUAAUAGUAAUCAUCAAAACUUAAUAUUUAAUAUUUAAUAUGAUUUCUACAUAAUUUUCUGUAAAGUUCCUUUUGUACAAACGUUUCUUCCUUCAGGUUUCUACACGCAUUGUUUAUAUCAUCUGCAUUAUUAAAUUAUGUAGCCCUUUUCUCUACUUUUUAAUCAUAAAUAUCUUAAAGUUGGUGAAAUGUGAGAAGUGUAUCAAAACAAAAGAAAAAAAAAAUAGUUUUAGUGUUUUUUGUAUUUUGUAGUCUAUAAUAGUUUCAAGUACACUACAAAUGGGUAUUACUAUAAAUAUUUAGCAAAUCUUAAAUAUAAAUAUUCAAGUUAAGUUAAAUUUAAACUCUAUUUAGAAAUAUCUACUAUAGGUCUCUGUAAUGGUUUAUAGUGGACAAAUUAACCAUUACUUGGACAUAUAGUGCACAUGUGCAUUUUGUUCAGUGUCAUUUUGUAUCUAGAUUUCUGAGAAACCAUGUCAUUUUUACACAGAAGAAAUAUGUACAAAAAUAUUUAACAAAAAAUAUCACGAAGCAAGAAAUAUCUCUUA